AUGUUGAAAAACCAAUCGAAUUCUGUCCACGUAGAUGGUUCUCAUAAUAAUAGUUCGAACUAUAACGAUGAAGUGUCGUCAAUAGCAAAAUCUAUAAGAAAUGCAGAUGAAUCGGUUAAUUUUAUUACCUUCAAUCAAGAUGCAUCUUGUAUUGCACUUGGAUUGAAGAAUGGAUAUAAGAUAUUCAAUUGUAAGCCAAAUUUUGGCAAAUGCUAUCAAUUUAAAAAGAAUGAAUCUAUUGGAAAAAUUGAAAUGUUAUACUGUACGUCAUUGAUUGCAAUAGUCGGGUUGGGUGAAGAAGUAGGAUCCUCACCAAGAAAGCUCAAGAUCAUAAAUACCAGACGACAGUCAACCAUAUGUGAGCUAAUAUUCCCAUCUACUAUCUUGCAAGUUAAAUUAAGCAAGUCUAGAAUGAUUAUAUUAUUAGAGGAACAAAUAUAUAUAUACGACGUGACGACCAUGAAACUACUACACACUAUUGAAACUAGUCCUAACGGCAAUGGAUUGUGUACAUUAUCUGCCGAUAAUUGUGAUGGCAAGAAUAAUAGCUAUUUGGCUUAUCCAUCGCCACCGAAAACGAUUACUCAUGACUCAUUGUUGGUGAAUGGGAUAAAUACCAAUGGCGGGAUGAAUUCUAUUCAAAAUAAUAUACAGUCGGUAAGUAAUAGCCCUAAUCGAAUCGGAGAUGUUAUUAUAUUCAAUACCACCACGUUGCAACCGCUUUCAGUCAUCGAAGCCCACAAAUCUGCAUUAGCCGCCAUAACAUUAUCCACUGACGGCACUUUAUUAGCUACAGCAUCAGAUAAAGGAACAAUUGUACGAGUCUUUUCUGUGGCAACUGGUUUAAAAUUAUAUCAGUUCAGAAGAGGUACGUAUCCAACUAAAAUAUUCACACUUUCGUUCAGCUUCGAUAAUAAGUAUGUUCUUGCGACCAGUUCAAGCGGAACUGUACAUAUUUUUAGGUUAGGUGAGGAGGAGUCAUUAGAAAACAAACAUAAGAGAAAGAGAAAUUCAAAGAAAUUGAAAUUGAAUCCAGAAUAUGAAACUAUUACAGAAGAAAAUGAAAACGAAAUACAAAAAGAUGACGCGGAAGACGACGAUAUAAUUCAGGAUGACGGUGAUGACAGUGAUGCAGACGAUGAUGAUGACGAAUCAUUGGAGGUCAUACCUAGCAAACAUAGAAAAUUGUCCCAAGAUUCAAACAAUUCAUUUACUAGCUUUAAUUCUGCUUUUAGCAAUGACGACAACAAGGACAAUAAAUCGGAGCCCUUGAUUGACCAAACUCGCUUGUCAGUAGCCCGUCUAAUAAGACGAUCCUCCCAAACUUUGGGUCGGAAAGCAGCGCAAAAAAUGGGUGACUUCCUUCCAACAAGGUUUUCGUCCAUUCUUGAACCCACCAGAAAUUUUGCCUCUUUGAAAAUCAACUCCGUUAGCAAAGACAUCAAAUCAAUUGCUAUUAUAAACAAUGAAGUACAAGAAGAUUUAGUUCCUCAGGCAUAUUUAAAUGCAAAAGAAAAUAAUCCUAGCCCUCCAAAAGAUAUCUCUGUGAAUACUGCCAAGGAUUUACUUCCAUUAAAUUUAUUACAUAUUAAUGUUGUCACAUCCGAAGGCUACUUUUAUACUUAUGGUUUAGAUCCAGAUAGAGGUGGUGAUUGUAUAUUAUUACACCAAUACUUCUUGUUAGAUUAA